UAUUUCACAGUUGUGUAAUCAUGUAAGGUGGUAAUGUAUCGAUCCGAUCAGGUAAGCAGGCGGAUAUUGAGAACAUCUUAUUAUUCUCAACGUAGGUCUAGUGACAAAGGACAGUAAUAUCAUAGGGUCUCUUUCCCUCUCACCGAUUCAAAAUAACUGAAAAUGCGACGGAAUUCCGGCAGUUCGUUUAGCGAUCUGAACAUUUUGUUUCGGUCGGCGAAAAACAGUGCGGUUCACAGCCCCGGGAGGCGAUCGUCGGCGUUGCCGGUUCUGCAACAGUCGGAGUUUGCGACGACAAAGACGCAGAAAUUGCUUGGACUAUGUAAUGACGAGUGGGAUAGAGUUCAACGAGUUGUUGUAUCGAUUUUCGAAGGAAAGAAACUAGGUCAAGGACAGUUAGAGGAACAGAUUAAUCUCAUUCGGAUCGUACUUAAAUCGGAAAUAAGGCAGUUCAUUAGUGAAUAUUACAGGAAAAACCUUUUGAAGAAAUGUAUGGCGAUCCUGCUUACGGGUAUCAACACUUCAAGUAGCGAUGCUAAUUUAAUGGAAAAAAUAGCAGCUGUGUGGAUCCCCUUCUAUACUGAAAUUUUACCAACUCUGCAAGCAAUAUUUAUACCAGUCCGAUCCCCAGGGCUCUCAAUCAAGCAAUUGACGCUAUUGGCUUUUCGAGACCACGUGGUACUAGAAAUGUAUGAGUCAUUGAAAGAGAUUCUUGAAGACAACGAAGUUGAAAUUAUAGAUGAUUUUAAACAUAUGCUGCUUAUACUGCAAGGCGUACGCGAGCCAAACAGCCAAACGCAUCUUCAAAUAGAGACUUUAGUAUCAAAGAUAGUUUACCCGUAUAUUGGAACGAGUAAAGUGUAUUCAGAAGGAGUAGUAGGACCACGGAUCAAACUGUCGACCCACUAUUCAACGGAUUCAUCAAAAGCCAGACGCUUAAAAACCGAUGCCGGUCCGCAUCGCCAUGGAAACACGUUUACAGGCUCAUUAUCAGUGUCCAAUUUAGAAACAUUGGUUGAAGACAGAAAAAGGUGUUUCACCGAAGUCGACAUAUACGCAGAUGAUUCGUUCACCUAGAAUAAUGUUUCGUGAAUAAUGCGCAAAUCUAUCGAUUGGCAAAUUCAAGAAUGUCUUGCAGUACUGUACUUCCAUUGGGGUGUUUCCGUGGCAAAGAAUGCAAGAAAUUGAUUGAACAGUAAGCUUUAAUUGUACAUGGUAGAAGAACCGGUCACCCACCACGAAGAAUAUGGAUUAUAUUAUAGCAAUGGAAAUUGUUAAAAUAAAAGCCCCAUUUAAAAAAAAACCUAAACUGUAAUCAUGAGAAUUGCAUUUAACGGUUUUAAAUUAGUGAGGGUUUGUGGAGUCAAAAACCGUAGCAACAACACAAGUCUUCCUUAUAUAUAUAUAUGCCUAUGGCUGAAACAUUUUCAAAAUAAAAAUAUAAAUGAAAUAUUAAUUUGAGUCUAUUGAAGAACACAACACACUGUAGUGUCUCAAUAAGGGAUGAAUAUGGGUUGAAUUGACCAUAUGACACUCUCCGGUAAUGCCCCGUCCCAUUUUUUAAAAUUAAAAAUCCGUCACAAUGGGCGCAGAUCAUUGGUCACGUUUUGACCGCAAGGUAAUUUCAUAAGUAAAGAUAAUGCCAGAAAGAUUACAAUACUGCACAUACAUCUUAUAUUAUAUCAGGGGCGGAUCCAGGAUUUGAAAGAUGGGGGUUCAAUUUCCCAUAAACC